GGGUAGUAAAAGUCAGUCCGGGAUGUGGCAGAAGCUUCACGUCCGAGAACCUGCUAGUAGGUGCACAGAAACGGAGAUGGCACUGCCGGUUGUGUAUUUAUCCAGCCAGCAGCGUUCAGUGCCAGCUGAAAAAUCUCUCUCCUCCAUCUUGCUCUCCGUCUUUCUCGAUCUGGCCUUCUUUUCUUCUCUGCCCCUUUCUAAUUACCAGCUGUCAAUCGCCGCGCGCUCCGGUCCCGUCUCUGGUGGCCCAUGCCCGCUGGCUCCAUAAUUCUGCUCACUUUCUGCAACCUCACUGGACAAUCUACUGGGGCCUCUUUUGGGAGAGGAGCGACCGUUGUUCUGUGUUCCUGAAGCCACCUGUUUAUUUCAACACCAGGCUGCCAAGUAGCUCUCCUGACGUCUAAAUUCCAUUGCAACAACCACCCUUUUUCCGUGCGUGGAACCCAGCUCAGCCCGACAUACCCGUCUCACUCUCGUCAUCAACCCAUCGCUCUGCGCCGCUUGCCGUCUGCCACCAACCGCUUCCUUGCCCGCAAACGAGGCCCAGACCAGAACUCACCCGGCUCGUCUCGCCCAGCAAAUCACCAGCCACAUGCAUCUCGCCUGAACUCGCCUGAACUCGGCCAUCAUUCGCUCGACCUGUCUGCCUGCCCAUCUGCCUUUCCGGGUGCCUGCCUAUAGAUAGCUUUUCUCUAGGCUUCAACCGCUUCACCACCUCGUCCAGCCUUGCCUCGGUGGAGCACAGCCGGCUGCACUCUGACCACCACACAUUGAUCUCUCUGAGAUUCCGCCUCGACCUCCCCCACGGCUGACCCGCUUCUGGCAUCUCGCCUAUCCGCCGCCAAUCACCAUGGGUGCCUCCAUGUCGACCGCGGUGGGAUGGGCCGUUGUGAUCUCUAUCGCCGGCUUCUUCGCCUACAGGGAAUGGGACAAGAACCAACGACGCCUGGCGCAUCGGAACCCCGGUCAGAAGCCGCGGGACGACCAGCGGAAUGCCAACCAGGGAAGAAGGGACAUCAAGGAAAAGGAGCACACCAAGCCUAAACGCCAGCGUGUGCCCGAGACCCCUGCCGCCGCUCCUGCUGCCACCCAACCCAAGGCAAGCAAGGAGGCGUAUGCCGCCGCCGCCAAGCAAGAGCAGCCCAAGGCCACCCAGCCCAAGGCCGGUUCCCAGAAGACGGCCUCCCAGAAAGCCAACCAGAAGAAGUCGGCCGUCAGCCACAGCUCCGACGACGACGAGGCCAACAACCGCGAGUUUGCUAAGCAGCUUGCCAGCGUCAAGCAGGGCACUAAGUUUUCCGCAAAGUCCAAGGACGACGUCAGGCAGAAGUCGGUCAAGCAGUCCCGUGCCGAGGAGGCCCCGAAAAAGGCCGCCGCCCUCGCCCCCGCCCCCGAGGAGCCCAAGGUUUCGGCGCCGUCGUCGACCGCCGGCAUCGACGCUGACGACGACCAGUCUUCGGCCGCAUCGCCCGUCGUCUCGGCGGUCAACGCGGCAGGCGAUGUCUCGGAUAUGCUGGAGAAGCCGGCGCCCGGCCCCUCGGUUCUGCGCCUGACCGACACAGAGGAGAAGAACAAGAAGUCAUACACUCCCAAGCCCGCGGCGCCGGUCGAGACGAAGAAGCAGCGCCAGAACAGGAAGAAGGCCGAGGCUGCCAAGGCGGCCCGUGAAGAGGCCGAGGCCGACCGCAAGGUCCGCCUCGAGGCGCAGCGCAAGACGGUGCGCCUGGCCGAGGGCCGUGCCGCUCAGGACGGCUCCGGCUUCAUGGCUGCCAAGGCUCAGGGCAACGCCUGGACUGGCAGCAACAAGCCCAACGGUGACUCCAACGGUCACCUUCCUGUCCAGCCCCUGGACACCUUUGACGCCGAGAAGCCGACCGAGGCCCCCGCCCCGGCGGCGGUGAAGGCGCAGAAGCAGGCCGCCGCUCCGGGCGAGACUUGGAUUGAGGCUCUGCCCUCGGAGGAGGAGCAGAUCAAGAUGUUGCGCGAGGAGGAGUCGUGGAGCACCGUCAAGACCAAGGCUCGCAAGAACAAGAAGAAGGCGGAUGAGGACAGCACGGCUGAGAGCAACGACGAGGCCGCGCCACAGAAGAAGGCCGAGGCUGCCACCCCCGCCGCAUCGGCGACGCCGGUGGCCAUGGCCAAGCCCGUAGCGGCCAAGGAAAACCAACGCCCCAAGACAUUCUCUCAGAACUCUUCCUUUGCCGCCCUCAACGCCGAUGGCGCUGCGGAUCUGGCCGAGGAGGAGGAGUGGGAUGUCUGAGUGCCGCACAACGCUGGGCCCACGAGUUCUUCCUCGCCUUCGCCCUCUUUGCCCUGGCCUUGUCCGUUACCGAGACGAGGCUGGUUGUGGCUGUCUCUGAAUAAGAAGCGGCGCAUAUUGGGUAGCCACCCAACGUCGGGGAAUUUCCAGCUCUGGAAACCGAGUUACCCGACUCCUUCAUCUUUCGUCUUUCUCAAGCGACGCGCAACCAUACGAGUUUGGGCCAGGCAUGAGUGAACAUGACUGCCCUGUCUUUCCUCAAUUCCUAAACCGCCAGUUGUGCUGCUAUAGAUUCCCCUAGGCGCGGCCGCUUUUGCGUUUCUUUUCAUUCGAACGGCCUGGCUCUCACUCCUGUUAAAAAUCUACACAAAUUUUCUCGUCGGAUUGGCGCUGUGGAAUCAAGGCACAAGGGAUGACCGCCCUUUCAGAAUCCGCUGUAUGUAAAACUAGGUAACUCUUUGUUUCUGCUACAUGCCACGACAUAUGGGCAUUUUCGAGGGGCAAAGGGGGACGGAUGGGUGCAACAAAAAGAAAAUGAGGGGUCAUGGUAAGGAUUUUGUUUACGACUCUGCUGCAAACAUGGGGAAACGGGGCGGUCUUUCCUUUAUGUCACUCUCCUGUCUUUUCCUGCCACUGUUCUGAAUCUCCCGUUUCUUGAUCCCGCUCUACUUCGGUCUUGUCCUUAGUCAUCCACUGUUCGUAAUCAGCCAACACAUCCUGAAUGAAAUGGAAAUGCCCACCAGAUAAGGGAGAGUGGUGUCGGUGCUGCCAGCCC